ACCAUCAUUAUUUGCACCUGACACAAAAUUUCGUGAAAGUAAUUAGAACAAUAUCUCAAACUCCCUAGUGAGUGUGGUCCACCUCCUAUAGAAAGGAACGUGUGAUUAUCCAUUGCUCCCUUCAAGUCAUCUACGUUCACUCGUUCAAUUUGAACCGGAAGCUUGCAAGAUGAAUGGCAUCGGCUCUCAGUGCCCUUCCAUUUCUAUAUUUCCAUACAAUGACUUGAAGCCCCCGAUCAGCUCAACUAAGCUGCUGUGGCUCUCCAAAUUCAGUAAAAAUGAACCUGCUACUUGUGGGUUUCUCUGUAUGCAUAAGCGGAACAGAGUAUUUUGGUUUCCGACCAGAGUUACCUCCGCUCCUCUUUUUCUAGCCGCCACUUUGCCGCCGCCCAAUUCAGGAGACUUCUCAGUCCUGUUUCAAACAAGUGCAGUGAUGCUUUUGAUGUACUGGAUUGCAAAUUUCGUUGUGCCAGGGUGGGUUCUAAAAGAUCUUGAAGUUGACAAAACAAAUGACGAGAGGAAGCGAGACAAAGAAAAUUCUUCAGACAACCGGUAAGGGAGUUCUGGCCAGAAAAGAAGCGGCUUUUACGGCACGAUGCAAUGACAGCAGAGGAUGUUAAGAGAUUUAUCCAUUCUUGUUUCGUCAGCAGUUGACAUUCUUGCAUCUAAGACAUUGGAACUUGUUAGUUUACGUAUUAUCCUUCUUUGUGGAACAAAAUCUCUUUGCCAGUCCUCUUGAUCAACGGAGCUCCUCCCAAAAGAUGCUAUCGGAGUAGAUGUUUGCAA